AGCGGAGCCGAGUGGAAGCGGCCCAGACCUGUGGCCGGGAACGGGAAUAGGGAGGGCCUCCGGUGUCGGUCCGGUACUCCGGUAUUCACCAUAUUCACCGCAGCGGAGCAGUGUGGUCACGUAGUCCCGUCGCGCCGGAUGGUGGAUGGAUGCUCUUCUCGCCGUUCGGGCACCAGAGUAAAAUGCAGUAGACCGUGUGCGUCGUCGCCGUUGCACCGGAGAGAGGAAGGAGCGCACGCCAGCGGAGGAUUGCCCCGCGUCGGUCCGCCGUCGUCCGAAUACUGGCAUUUGUCAGCUACUUAAAGACUGCGAGCACGACUGCUGUGCGUUUGGCUUGAGCAGCAAUCGAGACGCCGUAUCGGAAGACUCCCAGGGGAUCCAAAAUGAAGUGGACGUCCGGUAUUCCCUUUAACGAACAAGUGUGCGAGCUCACGCGGGUGUUCAACCAGUGGAACGAAUGCGAACAGACUGUCGUUCUCUACGCGCUGCUGCGCAUCAUACCCGCGGUACAGGCGAGGUUUCUCUCGCACGCCAUAGAACACUCUCUGCACUCGGUGGCGGAGUUGGGCAUCAAGGAGAUGAACGCCAACAAUCCAAAUUACAUCAACUCGUUGUCGUCGGAGUCAACGGAGACCGCGAUCACUGAACUCCUGACGCAUCUGCCCCUGCUGAAGGCUGGGAAUUUGGAGUGCAAGAACAGCUAUCUGGUAGCGAUACCGGAAUUGGUGAGCCACUGCGUGAGCACGGGACAAUAUACGGAGAAGACGCAGCAGCUGUUGAGCUACACUUUGAUACAUCCAGCCAUAGAUAAUCAAGACAGACGUCUUUUAACUCAGUGGCUUAAAGAUCUGGAGGAACGUAUCAGCAAUACACCGCCCGGUUCCGGCUACGAAGAUCCAAACACUUCGAUAAGAUGGGACAGAGAUUGGCUCCAGAGAGCCUCCAAACAUAGUGAUCAUCACACGGCUCUGUUUAAUCUACCGCCCAGCUCUUCGUUUCAUUUAUCCUUUUCUACAUCCGUUAACCGUCAACGUCGUUCGAACAGCUUGACACCACCGGUAGCGCCGCCGCAUCAUCUCGAGAUUGUCGACCGUUCCAAUAACACGAGUACUUCAUCCAGGCACAAGCCGCGCAGUUAUAGUGUCUCCGGAGAUCACGCCAGCAAUAUUAUUGGUUUGGGUCCACUGAGUCCGCAGAGUUCCUGUGCGAGUAGCGGUAGCGAGGGUCGUUUGGAUGACGCUUCGAAUCGUUCACUCGCGAGUGGCAUGAGAGACGUACAAGCAUGGCUUAAAACAUUACGACUUCAUAAGUACAGUGGUCUGUUCGUUACCAUGACUUAUGAGGAUAUGCUGCAAUUGACAGAGGAUCAAUUAGCAGAGCAAGGGGUUACAAAAGGUGCUAGACACAAGCUGGCACUCUCAAUCGCUAAAUUGCAGCAGCGAUACAACACGCUUUUAAAUCUGGAAAAGGGCCUAGUGCAGCCUAGUGCUCGCGACGGCAUGCAAAACUCUUCAUUUUCGCAGAGUUCGUCACUGCUCAUUAAUACGAUGGAAGAACUUAAGACGAUUCUGGCCACUCCUAUGAAGCCGAGUCAAGAGAGCGAUCCACAAGAUAUCCCUGCGCAGUUUACGAAAGUGCUUGGCAAAUUGUGCAGUAGAUUGGCUUUGGAAAGCAUCGAGGACGGUACCUUGUGUGCAUACGUCAACAUCUUGGAUAAAGUGUUGCAGCACGAUUGUUUCACCCCGAAUCAGAAGGAGAAAGUGCAGCAGUGGCGCAGCAGACUUGGCAAUCCGCGACCGACUCCAAAGUGGCAGCAUAGCUACGGCUAUAACAACAGGCGAUAUGGAAAUCUGCAGCAGCAUAACAGGAAGCCGAGUUUGAAUUUGAACCAUAUUCACAAUAUGCAUACACCCAAUCAGUUUAUGAUUGCUUCGCAUCGAAAUAGUAUAUCUACACCGUAUUUGCAAAAUAAUCAGAAUCAGAUUCAGAAUAUGAAUAACAUGAAUAUGAAUAGCUUGCGUGCGGUACAUGCGACCGAGAAGCGACCGAGUUUACAGGAGACCAGCUUGCAGCAAUUGCAGAAAACGCUGCAACGUGCGUACAGCGCGCCGCGUGACCACUUUGUGGAACACUCUGCCAAUGGAGUGAACGAGACUGAACCGGAAAUCGACUCUCGCCUGGAGUCCCUCUGCAUAAGAAUGACCGAGCAAGCGAUCGGUGGGUUCGGCGAGGCCUAAUCUUCCAUGUACGCGAAUUUAUCGUAAGUCCUUUUCGGAUUUUCGACUUGGGAAACCGAAGGAAUUUCUGUUCGCCAAAACGCGAGUUGUCGUUAUCUCGCAUUCGCUCGUGAAACGGCAUAUUUGAGUCAUCGUUUCAAAGUGAUACUGCUAGAGGGACGACGCAUACUUUUUCUUCUUCUUUUGUGUGCAAAUACCUGCGUGUACACACACUUAUGCUUUAAUAUCACUACCAAAUGAGACAAAAGGAUGUCCGACACAUGCGACAUUAUCGAUAAAGUGAUAAAGCGAUAAAGAUAAGUUUUUUCUCUAAAGAACGAGAUACACACCUACAAAUUAUGUUUUAUGAUAUCCGAUUGCAAUUGUAUUAUUUAAUUGACAGAAUUUGGCAAGCCAAAUGUUACUAGAAAGAUAGAUUCUUUCCUCGAUUGUUUGCUGCAACCGUAUAUAUAAAGAUAUUAUAUAAGAAGGAGUAUAUAUAUAUAUGCAUACACACGCGUACACACACACGCGUAUUAUAGACUUUUAUGAGGCAGAAAGGGGAAAAGGAAUUUUAGAACAUACGAAAUACGGGGAAAGAAAGAUGGUAAAAUAACGUUACGUCACCACGCGAUGUUCUUGCAAUAUUAUUUUUUGUGUUAUCCAUUUUACGAAAUGGAAUUCGUCUGAUUUUAAGCGCUACGGAGACGUUAUAGUAACGUAAUUCACUUUUAAUAACGACUGAUUUUACUUCUUUUAUUAUUAUUACUAUAUAUUAUUAUAUUUUUACUACUAUUACUAUCGAUAUCACUACAAUUACUAGCGCUACUAUUGCUCCUACUACUAUUAUCGCUACUACUAUUCUAUCGCUAUUACUACUAUUUCUACUAUCAUCACUACUAUCGCUCUUUACUACUACUACUACUACUAUACUCCGUCUAGAGAAUGAGCAUACUUAAAGGAUUGCCGCUUUGUCUCGCAUAUAAGUUAAUAUCUUUAAAACUUAAUCUCAACUGUACCGAGAAGCACAUAUGGCGGCGUGUAUGCUUUGUAGUUUGCGCACAGAUCUCGUGAUUUUUCAAUUUGGUUGACGGAUUUCAUCCCAUUUUUCGUUUUUCUCUUGUUUUUUUUAUAAGAUACGAUAAGCUGUAAAACGCGAGUAAAUAUACAAUAAUGGAUAUUAAGGGCCUUACGUGAAGAGGAAAACGAGCAAACGUAUAAGGUGUAGAAAUUUGAUAUUAUAAAGUAGCAGCGAAAUUCGAGGGAGGUAGACUGGCGCUGUACGUUUAUGGCGCGACAUCGAAAUCUGUGGCUUUAAAUUAUAAGCAUACAUAACAUCGUAUAUAAUCUAUUUAGCAUGUGUUAAAAGUAGCGUCGCGAGUAAUGUAGCAUAAUAUUUUUUCGUGCAAGAAGAAUAAAUUUAUUAAAUCGCGUAAACGCUAGUGAGCUAAUAAUUGAUUAUCCGUAAAGUAAGGAAGAAAAAAAAA